AUGGGCUAUAUUGGAGAAAGUCCAGCUCAUGAUGCAGACAUCAGUGAGUCUGGUAUUUCUGUUAGAAGCACUGGUUCAGCUGCUUCUAUGACCAGCCAAGGUGAGCGAAAGAGAAGGACACUUCCACAGCUUCCCAAAGAGGAGAAAGUGAGUGAAACCUCAAAAGUGAAAAGUACAUCUCAUCAGAGAUCAGAAAUAGGUGAAAAGCAAGACACUGAACUUCAGGAGAAAGAAACUCCAGCUCGUGCCUCUGAUGCUGACAGCAGAAGUAUAGCUAAGUCAAGCAGAACAACAAAUGGUCUUUCUCCCAAAGCUACUGGAGACAAAGUUUUUUCUUUCCCCACCUCUUCCAAUAAAGAGAGAGUUGAAACUGGCAGAGAAACUUCUGUGGUGAAACAAGCUUUAGCAAAAAUUCAGCAACAAGAAAGAAAGGAGCAAGGACACUGGACACCCACAAAAUUAUCCUCUACAAAGCCUGCUGCAAACCAGGUUGAGAAAGGUAGGGAGGAGAUUUCUAUGUCACCCAAAACUGCGGAUAAUCAAGACAAAGCUCCUGGCCACAUUACAGAUAAAGCAGAAAUGAAAUUGGCACAGAGCGAGGCAAAAAGAAGAAAAAAUGAAGAAACUAUUAAAGGACAAAGUCCUAAAGCAUCUGGAGGAGAAAAGAAGGAAUCUUCAAAACCAUUAGUGAGGCAAGGUAGCUUUACUAUAGAUAAGCCUAGCACAAACAUACCUAUAGAACUUAUUCCUCACAUUAAUAAGCAAAGUGGAUCUGCUGCCCCCUUACCAUCUGCAAACAGGAUACGUGACAGAAGUGAUUCAAUGGACACUGAUUCCAGUCUAGAUACAACACUCAUUUUAAAAGACACAGAAGCUGUAAUGGCUUUCCUUGAAGCUAAAUUGCGUGAAGAAAAAGAAAAUAAAACUGAUGAAGGUCCUGAGACUCCUAGCUAUAACAGAGACAAUUCCAUAUCACCAGAAUCAGAUGUAGAUACAGCCAGCACAAUCAGUCUUGUUACUGGUGACACUGAAAGAAAAUCCACACAGAAACGAAAGAGCUUUACAACAUUAUAUAAAGAUAGAUGUUCCUCUGGUUCCCCUUCAAAGGAUGUUUUAAAAUCUUCUGCAACAAGUGCCAGAGAAAAGAUGGAAAAGAAAACUAAAUGUAGAUCUUCAGAUGGUGGGUCUAGAGCUGAUGGCCGCAAAACUGUGCAAUCCAGUGGAAGAAUGAGACAGCCAUCAGUAGAUUUGACAGAUGAUGACCAAACAUCUAGCGUACCUCAUUCUGCUAUUUCUGAUAUCUUAUCAUCUGACCAGGAAACCUACUCUGGCAAAUCACAUGGAAGAGUUCCUUUUGCCUCAGCAGACGAACUUUUACAUUCCAAAGCAGAAGGAAAGUCAGCCAAAUCAAAAACAUCUCCUGUUGCUCUUGGGCAGUCUAGUAAAUCUACCACUCUUCCGAGGCCUCGUCCUACAAGGACUUCCCUCUUGCGCAGAGCACGACUUGGUGAAGCCUCAGAUAGUGAGCUUGCUGAUGCUGAUAAGGCUUCAGUGGCUUCCGAAGUGUCCACUACAAGUUCUACAUCAAAACCUCCAUCAGGGAGGAGAGGUAUUUCCAGAAUAGACUUACUUGCUCAGCCUCGCAGAACUCGACUUGGCUCUUUAUCAGCACGUAGCGAUUCUGAAGCAACAAUAACUAGAAGCACUGCCUCAUCUCGUACCCCAGAAGCUAUUAUCAGAAGUGGUGCAAGGUUAGCGUCAGCAGGAGAUAGCAGUAAACUUUCUGCUAGAACUCGAGCCAAUAGCAUUUCUCGACUUUCAGAUUCAAAAUCCAAAUCUUUGGCGUCAGCUCAUAAUUCUCCUUCAGUAAGUGCAAGAUGGAGGCGCUUUCCUACAGAUUAUGCUUCCACCUCAGAAGAUGAAUUCGGAUCAAACCGUAAUUCCCCUAAACAUACCCGUCUACGUACCUCUCCAGCCCUGAAAACCACACGACUGCAGAGCACGGGAACAGCAGCUCAAAGCAAUACAUUCAAGCACAGAAUAAAGGAACAAGAAGACUACAUUCGCGACUGGACUGCUCACCGAGAAGAAAUAGCAAGGAUCAGUCAAGAUCUCGCUCUCAUCGCACGGGAAAUCAACGAUGUAGCAGGAGAUAUAGAUUCAGUGACUUCAUCAGGCACUGCCCCCAGUACCACAGUAAGCACUGCUGCCACCACCCCUGGCUCUGCCAUAGACACUAGAGAAGAGGUAGGAGAUCUUCAUGGAGAAAUGCAUAAGUUGGUUGACCGGGUAUUUGAUGAAAGUCUCAAUUUUAGAAAAAUCCCUCCACUAGUGCAUGCCAAACCACCAGAGGGGAGUGAUCGGCCUAAUGGUGCUAGACCUCAGCUAACAGAUGCCCUCGAUCCCCCAACAAUUACCCGGAGAAGGACUUGGAGCAGAGAUGAAGUUAUGGGGGACAGCUUGCUGCUGUCCUCAGUCUUCCAAUUUUCUCGCAAGAUAAGACAAUCCAUAGAUAAAACAGCUGGCAAAAUCAGAAUAUUAUUUAAGGACAAAGACAGAAAUUGGGAAGAAAUUGAAAACAAGUUGCAAGCUGAAAGUGAAGUUCCUAUUGUGAAAACAUCAAGCAUGGAAAUAUCAUCAAUCUUACAGGAACUGAAACGAGUUGAGAAACAGCUGCAAGCAAUUAAUUCUAUGAUCGACCCUGAUGGUACCCUGGAUGCUCUGAGCAACCUGGGAUUCGGCAGCCCCAUCUUACCAGCUCAGCCGAAGUUGAAGUCCAGUCCAUUUUCCCAAAGCGCUCGCCCUCAAGUGCAGCCAAACUGCCAGCCUGAAGCUCGGGCUCUUCAACCCGCCACCGGCCUUGUCACAGCUGAAUUUGAGAAUGCUGAAUCCGAGUUGGAUUUUAGCAUACAUUUCAACAGGUUUAACCCAGAAGGGGAAGCGGAUGAUGCCACCCUGCACGAGUGACAUCUCAAUGUUGACAAAAAAACCUUUCAUGUGGAAUGUUUAGGAAUAAAGGAAAAAUUAUAAUAUUGGUUUUAUAAUU